AUGUCCAAGGGCGACGUCAUGCUCCCGUUCGAGCAGAGGCGCGCUCUCAAGAUCAUCUCCGGAUUGAACAACUUUGAUGAGAAGUCUGUUGCCUCGGUAGUUCGCGCAGCCAAUGCUGGAGGUGCCACCCUUGUGGACAUCGCGUGCGACCCCAAGCUCGUUCAGCUCGCCCGAUCCAUCGGAAACGUUCCAGUUUGCGUUUCCUCUGUUGUUGCUGAGGAUUUUCUUGCUGCCGUCAAGGCUGGCGCUAACAUGGUCGAGAUUGGAAACUACGACUCGUUCUAUGCACAGGGACGUAAGUUUUCAGCAGAGGAGGUUCUCGCCAUCACCGAGCGUACACGCGACAUCCUUGGAUCCAGCAUCCCCGUCUCUGUCACCGUGCCACACACCCUUCCUCUCGACGAGCAGGUCUCCCUUGCUCUUGCUCUCGAGGCUGCCGGCGCUUCCAUCAUCCAGACUGAGGGAGGCAUGCCGAUGAAGCCUUCCUCCGGAGGAAUCCAGGGAUUGAUCGAGAAGGCAGCACCCACCCUUGCUGCCACUGCUGCCAUCUCCAAGGCCGUUGAGAUCCCCACCAUGGCGGCUUCUGGCAUCAGCGCCAUCACCGCUCCCCUCGCCAUUGCUGCUGGAGCUUCAGGAGUUGGUGUAGGGUCUGCUGUGAACAAGUUGAACUCGGAGAUCGCGAUGCUCGCGGCUGUUCGUGAGAUCUACGAGGCCAUGAUCGCAGAAGAUGUUCGCGUCCGUGUUUGA